UUCGAAAAGUUCUACAAAUCUGAAAUGAUGGAUAAGAGUUGGAUACUGAAGCCUCGUACUACACUUGAGUAUAAGAAAGGGCUACAAAUAUUUUUAGACUUUGCAUUUUCUAAUGUGUCAUCUGAUAAUAGGAUUAAGUGUCCUUGUUCUAGUUGUGGGUUUAGACUAUAUCAGACAAGAGCAGAGGUAUUCGAUCAUCUGUUGUUCAGCCCUUUUCCGGCAGGUUACACUGUUUGGUUAUUACAUGGUGAGAAGGAUGUAGGAGAAACUUCAGCCACUGGACAUGAAAGUCAACAUAUUGAAGCUCGUGAUAAUCCAAUGCAAGACAUGGUUAAUGAUGUUUUCAAUUUCUGUGGACAACCUAUUGACCAAGAACAUGCCACAUCGCAUGGAUCAGAAACCGAAGGCGAAGAUAACAUGUUGCCUUUACCUGAUGGUCCAAAUGAUAAAGUUAAAGAGUUUUAUGAAUUAAUGAGGGAUGGGGAACAAGAACUUUAUCAGGGGUGUGUGAAGUACUCAAAGUUGUCUUUUCUAGUGAGACUUUAUCACAUUAAGUGCAUGUGUGGGAUGAGUGAUAAAGCCAUGACGAUGAUAAUAGAGCUGUUGCAUGAUGCCUUUGAGAAUGCAAAGAUCCCCAAGUCAUUCUAUGAGGCCAAGAAAACUAUUAAAAAACUUGGUCUUAGUUAUAAGAAAAUACAUGCAUGUCCAAAUGAUUGCAUGUUAUAUAGGGGAGCAGAUAAAGAAAGACAAGAAUGCAAGCGAUGUAGCACAUCUAGAUGGAAGGUUAAUUCUAAGAAAAAAAAUUCCAGUGAUCUUGAAGCAAAUAAAAAGAAGACACCGCAACCUGCAAAAGUUCUUCGUUAUUUUCCUCUAAUUCCACGACUGCAAAGGUUGUUCAUGUCUAGUAAGACAUCCACUGAUAUGAGAUGGCAUAGUGUUGAUUGUCAUAAGGAUGGCUUAUUGAGGCAUCCAAGAGAUGCUGAAGCAUGGAAAAAGUUUGACUUCACAUUUCCUGAAUUUUCUCAAGAUCCACGUAAUGUCCGUCUUGCCUUAGCGAGUGAUGGGUUCAAUCCUUUUGGACAUAUGAGUGCUAAUCAUAGCAUUUGGCCAGUGGUUCUAAUUCCGUACAACACCCCUCCUUGGGAGUUGUGGGAUGGUGUUCAGACCUUUGAUGCUUUGUCAACUGAAACUUUCAAAAUGAGAGCAGCAUUGAUGUGGACAAUUAGUGAUUUUCCAGGAUAUGGUAUUUUGUCUGGGUGGAGCACGUAUGGUAAGUUUGCUUGUCCCAUGUGUAAUAUCGAUACCAUACCCUGUCGACUUCAACAUAGUAGAAAAUGGUGCUUUAUGGGCCAUCGUCGGUUUCUAAAUGCUGGUCACAAGUUUAGAUUGGCCAAGGUCCGAUUUGAUGGUACGGUUGACAAACGAAAUCCACCUGUACAAUUAUCAGGCUCAGACAUUUUAAGACAAGUUGAGAAUCUACAUGUUUCCUUUGGAAAAAUGCCAAUAACUGAAGUUAAUGGGAAAAAAAGAAGACGUGGGAAACAGAAUAUCCAAAGUGAUUAUCCACAGUGGAAAAAAAAGAGUAUAUUCUUUGAACUUCCGUAUUGGGAGUUUAACUCAUUGCGUCACAAUCUUGAUGUAAUGCAUAUUGAGAAAAAUGUGUGUGACAAUGUGAUAAAUACUUUGCUCAAUGAAACUGGAAAGUCAAAAGAUCACGUUAAUGCUCGAAAAGACCUACAAUCAAUGGGCAUAAAAUCUGAUCUUUGGCCUGAUGAGCAUGGAGAUUAUCCCUCUGCUAUUUUUACUAUGACAAAUGAACAGAAAGACAUUUUUUUAAGGACUUUAAUGAAUGUGGUUGUUCCAGAUGGUUACUCAAGCAAUAUCUCGAGAUGCGUUGAUGUGAAGCAACGAAGAUUAUUUGGGUUGAAAAGUCAUGAUUGCCAUAUUCUUAUGCAGCAACUAUUACCAAUAGCGUUGAGGAACGCAUUACAUGGCUUAGUGUCUGCAGUUAUAGCUGAUCUUUCAUCAUUUUUUCGGCAGUUAUGUUCUAAAGUGUUGAAUCCCAUGGACCUUGAUAACCUCCAAAAUCAAAUCAUUCUCACUUUGUGUCAUUUAGAAAUGAUAUUUCCUCCAUCUUUCUUUACUGUCAUGGUUCACUUAGUUGUUCAUUUAGUUGAUGAAGUGAGACGUGGUGGCCCGAUACAUUAUCGAUGGAUGUAUCCUAUAGAAAGGUUCUUGGGGCAUUUGAAGUCUUUUGUACGUAACAUGGCGCAACCUGAAGGAUCAAUUGCUGAAGGUUAUUUGGCAGAUGAAAUUCUAACAUUCUGCUCAAGAUAUUUUGAAGAUGUCGAGACAAGAAUGAAUAGGCCGAGGCGUGUGGAUGAUAAACCUGAUGAUGUUGGAUAUCAUGAAAAGGAAACUAUGUUCCCAAAAAUUGGCAAAUCAGUAGCGGGUUCAUAUUUUAAGCUACCACCAAUGCAGAAGCUACAAGCACAUCGUCAUGUGUUAAUUAAUUGUCCAGCAGUUGACCCAUUUAUCCAGGAAUUUAGGACAGAAACAAAGAGAAGGUUAAGGAGUCGAACUCGGUCGGAAUCUACGAUAGAUAAAAUUGUGCACAAAGAAUUUGUUGACUGGUUUCAAAAGCGAAUUUUGAAUGACGUCAACGAGCAUUCCAGGGAACUUAGGUGGCUUGCAGUUGGACCACUUGAAGAAGCUAAGAGAUUUACUUCAUACAAUGUCAAUGGAUUCAAAUUUAGAACUCUAUCACGAGAGCAGGGGCUGAAAACUCAAAACUGUGGAGUAUUUGGUACAUUUGAUACUAGAAGUUAUGCAAGCAACCGUGACAACAAUAUGGUAGUUGGAGGUGUUCCGUAUUACGGAAAAUUGGUGGACAUAAUCGAAUUGAACUACAAUGGUCAAUUUACAGUUACAUUGUUCAAGUGUCAAUGGGCUAAUACCACUACUGAUAGAGGCAUAAAAAAAGACGAGUUGGGAUUUACGAGUGUUAAUUUUUCCCAUUUGAUACAUCUUGGUGAUCGGGAAGAGCAUGAGCCGUAUAUAUUGGCAUCACAGGCCCAACUUGUAUAUUACGUUGAUGAUGAAAAGGAAAAACAGUGGAGUGCUGUUGUUCAUCUAAAACCAAGAGACUUGUAUGACAUGGGAGAAGAAACAGAAGAAGAGUCCAUUUAUGAUGUCAUUUCUUCUUCACAAGAAGAUCUGGGUAGUCGGUUUCCUGAUGGCGAUCAAGAUUUACGAUUGACAAGGGAUGAAAAUAGAAGAUGAAGAUAAAUAUUAUUUAGAAAUAUGACUACCAGAUUUAAAAAGUUUUAAAUGAACACUGCUUCAUCCAAACUGUUUGUUGCACAUUUAAUUAGAGUUCGUCCACCUGUAUAAUAGGCUUCUGUCUUGA